CGGUCUGCAGUGGUGAUGGUGAUGGUGAUGGGCAUGCUGUGCUGUGCUGUGUGUUGGUGUGUUGCUCCUGCAGACCCGGCUCCAUCUCCCCCAGUCAGGGACACCGGACUCUUCCCUGCUGGGGCCUCCUUCACCCCCUACACGGAACUGGAGGAAGUGCCCAUCACGACUAGCGACUCCAUGGAGCCCCAUGGUGAUCUUGAGGGGGAGGCCCCUGAUGGCUCCUUCGCCAACCGGAACGGGCGUCACGCCAUCGGGCACGUGGACGACUACAGUGCGCUGCAGCAGCAGGUGCUGGAGGGAAAGGGCCUGGUGCAGCGCAUGGAGGCGGCCUUGCAGGCCUGCCUCAACAUGACCCUCCUGGAGCCCAGCACCGGCAAGGCUCUGGACUAUGGGAGUGUGAAGAGUCUCCUCUCUGAUACGAAGACCCUGCGCCAGAUCCUGGAGGAGGCCAACUCUCUGCUCAAGAUGUUCUGGAGGGCGGCGCUUCCCAACCAUGAGGGCAGCAGCAUGCACCUGCAGAAGGAGCAGACGUUGAAGGAGGAAAUCCACUCCCUGCGGCUGCGGAUCUCUGAGCAGGAGGACGUCCUGCAGGGCACCAUCCAGAGGCUGAGGAGCACCAGCCGCACCAAGGAGAGCAUGGAGCACUUCAUAGUCAGCCAGCUGUCGAGGACACGUGAUGUGCUCAAAAAAGCCAGAAGUAACUUAGAGCUAAAGUCCCCAAAGGUGCCUGUGAUGGGCGUCCUGAUUGGGGUGUCCUGAGUCCCAGUGCCUCGGAUGUUCCAGCCAAUCAGCGUUCAGCCAAGAAGCGUGGGAGAGAGUGCCUACUCCAAGCUGUUUCCUGUUAAAACCAGCAAGCAAGACCACCACACCUUUGGCUCCCAGCCUUAAGCCUGUCUUAUCCUGCCCUCUCUGUUCCCCUUUUCUUCUCCUCCUCUAAGUUUCUUCUCUUCAGUAUUCUCCCUUCUACUGUUACUGUUUGUCUCCUCCAUCCUUUCUCCUUCCUAGCAACAGAGACUCUUGAAAUAUCUUAUGAUUGCCUUGCAAACUAGGGAUGUAGGGAUUUGAGUGUUCUUGUAAGGGAUAGUGUGCGUCCUAGCAGCCAUAGAAUGUCUUUUCUUACCUGGCAGCUUAUGGACGGUUCAAUGUAGAUGCAUGUUACUCCACUGUUUGUGAAAAUGACAAGUGUACACACACUAAACACUGAAUAUGCAUUUGGUACACAGUUUGCACACACAAGUUCUCCUCAAGUCAUGAAAGUCUGCAGCCAUGACACACACAUUUAAAUGUGGUACCUUGAAACUUCUGAAGACAGCUUUGCUACUACACACUACUGCCCUCGAAUCCCUCUGGAGAUUCCUCAGGGGUUUUAAGGCAUUACCUUUUACCGCAACUUAAGCGACACCUCUCAAGGUCGGAAGACCACUGACAAUGUCAUCUCAAGUCAGGAGGCCCCUCCUCACCCCUCUGAUGAGCAUGUGCAAUAAGGACUGAUGUUCACUGAAUGCAGUAGUACCAGCUUUUCCCUUUUGCUUGACACUGGAGCUGAGGCGUGUGUUUUAUGUAAGCGCUAAGAGACCGUCAGUGCAAUAUUACUCUUACUAUUAACUGUCGCAGUACUACUGACUGAAUCGUAGUUCUUAAGCAGUUCUGCAUGUGGGAGAGGUAGGAAAAAAGGAAAAUGACACCAUGUUUGUGUAAUGGUAAUCACCAACCUUUGCCAAAGUUUGAACUCCUAAUUUCCUUUAUUUUUUGCCUUAUCCAUGUAACUCACAAUGUCAUUUUUGUGACCGAUAGAGAAGUUGGUUGCAAUUGACCCUGUGCCAACUUGGACCGACAAUAAGGAAUUGAAUCUGUCUUAUUCUUGGAGAGCAUUUUGAACCAGAGAGGCAGUAGCUGUUCAAGGUCUUUGAUUAUUUUUUGCAUGUCAUUUUUGACAAGCCACGCUCUUUACUUCAUAAAUGGACCAAAUCUAAAUUAAGUUAGAUAAUGAUUUGAUGAGAUUUCAAAUUAGAUCAAAAACUAUCUUGUUGAGUGCACCUGUGAACCAACAGGAAUGCAUUUUCAAUCUGAAUCACUGGAUUUAAAUAUGAAUUAGCUACUUUGUUUCAUUUGGUUCAGAUUGCCAUAACAUUCCCAUUGCAUCUACCAUUGCAAUAGAUGUUAUAUUUUCUCCAUGGUUACAAACUUUGGCAGGCCACUGGUGGGACCAUAACGUUAUUGAUGUCAUCAUCAGAGAUAGGUGUUCCUUUUGCGCUGAUUCUACAACUGUGUCCCGCUGUAAAUUUUGCUUACUUGUGUUGUACUGUACAUAGCUUUUUGUUCUUGCUUUGUUCUAUUGUGUGACUUAUCAACAUUUGCUAUACAUGCAAAAUCAAUUAUCUGGGUAGCUGUGCAAUAGCCCUUAGUUUACCCUAUAUAACUGAUGUCAACGCAUCAUUUUAUUAGGAGAAAUAGCUUUGAGUGCCCUGUUUCCAACUAUGCGAGUAUUGAUUGUGUUUUGGCUGAAAAUAGUUUUAAUUUGGCUGCAUACUCCUUUUAACUAAACCUUUGAUGUAGAGAUGCCUUUAUCCUGAAUGUUUCAGGAAUCUGUGUGUCAGCAUUAGUAUUAACUUAGGGCAGAAUCACUUUGUUUGCCUUCUAAGGUUAGACAGUAUUACUCCAAUUUUGCUCUCUGUAGACUUAACCUUUCCAGGCCUUGUUUGCGCGCCGUGGUGUGCAGGCCUAUUGUAUUGGCAAAUCUUCUACUCAAACAAUUUGGUGUUAAAACAAGUGGUUUCUUAAAGUGAAUUGAAAUGGAGACAAAAGGUACCAAAGUCGUGUAAAUAUUUAAAGGUGGAAAAUGAGCGUAAACAAUGCCUCUCUCAGAACUAAGAGUCCUGUGGCAUUGGUGUUAACAUGGUGGUUCUGUCAAAUGUAUUAUGUGUAAAUAGUGUUUAAGAGUGUUCCAUUGCUAAGGUUAAGGAUAUGCUAGUGUGUUGAUAAAUAAAUGAUAUGCUAGUGUGUUGAUAAAUAAAUGAUAUGCUAGUGUGUUGAUAAAUAAAUGAUAUGCUAGUGUGUUGAUAAAUAAAUGAUAUGCUAGUGUGUUGAUAAAUAAAUGAUAUGCUAGUGUGUUGAUAAAUAAAGGAUAUGCUAGUGUGUUGAUAAAUAAAGAAUGCCGGUACAGGUCCAGUGUUGGGCUGUGUAUCUGAAGCUGACUGUUACAAUGUGUGUGCUGCACUGAUGAAGAUCUGGAGAUUAAUAAACACAAAUGCAACAUG